AUGCAGAAACUAACUUCUAUAAUUGAAGAGGAGGUUAGAGUCCACAUAUCUUCGAAAAAUUCUGACAAUGAGCUGCAGGUUGAUGGGAACGACUGCGGACUGGCAAUAGACAGGGUCGAAAAUAUUGUUGCUUAUGGUACUGUCAUUCAAGUUAAUGUUGAGGAAGGCAAUCAGAAGAUCCAUGGGGUUUCAUUGGGAGAGGACAAUGUGCGUGUCUCAGUCAUUGGAACCAUUGUGCAUGAUGCCUUGCUACCAUUUCCAGUGAAGGAUGCUGACAUAGUCACUGUCGGAGACGCCAUUGGGACUUGUGUUGCUUGGCCAAGAAAGCUAGUUGUUAUCCCUGCACCAGAGGCACCCCCUAAACCCAUUGAGCAGAAAAUAACAAAGCGUGCUAAUCCGAAGAAGAGAAUCAGAGAUUCAUUUGAUGAUGACAAUGAAGACCUGGAAAACUUGCCGACGAAUCUGCCAUUACCAGUAAAGGACUUGUGUAUGUGGGCCAAGACUGAAUUGAUGGAUGGCGCCACAAUCCACACAACAUUUGGUGGGGAAAUUUUCGGCCAUUCUAGGAAAGCCGUCAUCUUUAGAAGGGAUAUCUAUAACAUGGCUAACAUGCUGGAAGUAUCUGGAGGAGUCAUUGUUUUUUACAUGAGCUACAUUUAUGGAGUCCUGAAGAAGUCUAAGAUGCUUGAUAUGGUUGGCUUUAUGGACCCUGCACACACCGGUAUAAUUGGGUGUGGAAAUCCCACUGAACGGGCACGGUCUAUGUCAAAUCGGUACAUGUUAGGGAAACCGGGGCAAAUAUUUUUGGUUCCAUAUAACUCAGGUGCUCAUUGGAUGUUGUCGGUGGUGAACCCGGAUGAAGAAGCCGUGCAUUUCAUGGAUCCGCUAAAAAGGCGACUUUGUGCUGGUGAAUGGAAAAGUAUUGUCGACAACUCUAUUAAAAUCUUCAAUGCCCAAAAGGGUAGGAAAGGAAGGAAAAUAAUCCAAUGGAAGAAUCUUGCUGUAAGUUGGUUGGAAUUUUUAUAGUCUCCAUUAAGUCGUACUUCCUCAUAUGGUUAAUCUUAA